GCGAACGAGGCUCGGCCCAUGGACAGCUCGACAAACUGACAACUUUUGGCUGUAACCCCUACUUUAAUUCACAAAGUCCCUCAUCAGCCACCGCCCCUAAAAAAAUCGAGCGUUUCAACAAAAAGCCUAGCGUGUCUGAUUUUGGUUUUCUUGAGAAUUUCGUACGUCGGAAACCAUGUCCAUAUUCCCUUUCGGCAUCCGCGGUGCAGUGCGUGAAACAUUACUCGUAUGGGUAAUUGAUGAUGAUUACUCAUUCCCUGAAAGUCUCGUCGAUCCGUGGCAAAUCAAAUCAGCUUUUAUGAAGGAUCCCUUCAAAGUGGGGAUGUUGCCCAUCUGGAUCUUCGGUGCUGCUGAGAAUACAUGGUUGAAUGAAAUGGAAGACAAACUUUGGGAAGCCGGAAUUCUAGUCCAUCUCUACAAAGGGGAUAACCGUACCAGGCUUAACAGGGUUAUGGCGGACCUUGCUUUCUGGGCAUUCCGCUUGCAUGCUCCAACAGAUUUGGUGAUCGUCUCAGAACGCGAGGACAUGGAACAAGACCCCAAAUUCUGCAGCUUUCGUCGAGCUAUAAAAAACAACCGUGUCAACGCAUACGCAGAGCACAUUCGGUCAUUCUUGAACAAUGACUAUCCAUCUCGGUUUCCUCCUGCCUUGGAAGAGCAGUCACGACGAGGUUAUUCCCCCAUAGCUUACUAUGGAUACGAAAGUGACAACAAGACUCUGAAGCUAGCUUACGCAACUUACGACGAGACUUCUGAAGCUUGCGGAUUCCCAAAAAUUCCCGCUUGCCCUACAACAGCCCGUACCCGUGAAGAAAUCGAAAAAUAUCCACCCACUUUUAGAGUUCCUACAACAGCCCGUACCCGUGAAGAAAUCGAAAAAUAUCCACCCACUUUUAGAGUUGCUGGGCGACCAAAUUAGUAGACAAAACUUAAUUUGGAUCAUCUAUAUGUAAAACCUGUGUCCGUCACUAUCUAUAUGAACCGAUGCUUGCUUACUCCUUUAUCUUUGUCUGUA